AUGGCCGACGUCCGUCCGUCCAUGGACCUCUACGAGCGACGCUCCGGCGUCUUCUCGUCCGCAUCACCGUUCACAGAGGCCAGCUUUGAUGUGACCGACAGCAUUCGGCUUACGGUCGGUGGCGCCUUGCGCCCGGGGGGCACGCCCUCGUACAGCAGCCCGGCCGUGCUCGCGCUGCUCUCACAGUACGUAGCGAUCGGCCUCCUCUACGGGUCACUCCCGAAUCUCCUCUACCCGUACUUUACGGGCUACUUUCACGUACAAGGCCACCAGUACAACUCGGCCAAGACCCUUCUCACGCUCGGCUGGUCGCUCAAGGUCUUUGUCGGCGUUCUCUCCGACUGCGUGCCAAUCGCUGGCUACCACCGCAAGCCGUACAUGCUUCUCGGCUGGGCAUGCACGCUACUCUGCAUGGUCGCCCUCGCGACCCUCGACUUUGGCCUGCCCUUCAACGAGACCAGCGACGAGGCCGCGAGCGCCCGAACCGCGGGUGUCGUUGCGAUCCUUCUCGGCCUCGCGACCAUCUCGUAUGUCAUUGCUGACGUGCCCGCGGACGCGCUCGUCGUCUCAAUCGCGCAGCGCGAGUCGAUGGCAACGCGUGGGCGCAUGCAAUCGCUUGUCUACAUGACGCGGACUCUAGCGUCCGCAGUCGCCGCCGCGAUCGUCGGUGUCGGUUUGAACUCGAACCGCUUUGCCGGCAACUACUCGUGGGACAUGGGCGUCAACACGAUCUUCCUCCUUCUUGCUGUCGUUCCAUGCGCCGUCAUGCUGCCGAUCACGGCACUCUUUGUCUGCGACGACACGCAUCCCGGUGACCACGACGAGGACCAUGAGGACCGCGCGAGCUUUGCCGGCUACGUGCGUCAGUGCUGGGCGCUCGUGCAGAGGCGCGUGACGUGGCAAGUGAUGCUCUUCAACUUCCUCUUCAAUUUCUUCAACGCCGGCAUGGCCUCGACGGCCGCCCCGUACGUCAUGCUGCACUGGGCGCACGUCGAGAACAUCAACAGCCAGCUCGUCACGAUCGGCGGCAACCUCCUCUUUGCAGCUGCGCUCGCCGCCAUGGGCCGGUACGGAACCAUGUGGAACUGGCACCUUGUCUUGCUUCUCACGACCCUUUGCGCCAAUGGCAUUGACGCGAUCGUGCAGUUUGCGACCAUUUACAACGUCGUGCGCAACCAGUGGUUCUACCUCGGCGUCCCUCUCACGGAGAACCUUCCGUACGCGAUGCAGUUCAUCGUGUCGUCGUUUCUCAUCGUCGAGCUCGCUGACAUUGGCAACGAAGGCGUCCUCUACGGUCUCAUGACGACCGUCUCGAACCUCCCGUCGUCCUUUGGCCCGGUCGUCGCCAACGCGAUUUUUUCCUUCUUUGACGUCAGCGAAGCAGCGAUCAUCGCCGACUCGGACCACGUCCGACACCAAGUCGCAUCGACGUACGCGAUUUACUAUGGCACGACGCUCCUCGCCUGCGCAAGCGUCGCGCUGCUGCCCAACCAAAAGCCCGCGCUCCACCGCCUCCAAGUGCUCGACCGCGCGCUGUACCCGUACGUGGGCGGUGGCAUCCUCCUCUUUUGUGCCGUCGUGCUCUUGUACUCGAUCGCUGCGAGUCUCUUGUCCAUGUUUGACUCGACGAGCUGCCUCGUUAUCGCCGGGGGGAAAGGCUGCAUGCCGCGGCCCUUCAAGUAG